GAAAAACAGAAAAUAUAGCAUUGACAUCCAAAUUCAAUCCUCCCGAACAUUGUUGUGAAUCCUUUGAGAUGUCGGACAUCGCUUCUACCAGCAUGGCCGUCCGAGCCGAAAGGAUUAUCGCCUGUCUGGCGAAGUCUCUUGAAACACCUUAUCAGGGCUCCAGCUCCAUGACACCCUCGCUCUAUGAUACAGCCUGGGUCUCCAUGGUGGCUAAAGAGGGGAAGUGGUUCUUCCCUGAAUGCUUUCAGGUAGUUCUUGAGAGCCAGUCUCCGGGGGGAGGGUUUGGUGUGAACGAGGGAAUGUCGCCGGCGCCGCCGCAGCAGCUAGAUGGCAUCCUAAACACCAUGGCUGCAGUUUUAGCACUCUGUCGAUACCAGAAGGAUCCAUCUUUCUCGAUCCAGACUGGCGCUCCCAAUCACUUCGCUCCUCUAUCGUGGUCGAAUCUACAAGACCGAAUCGAUCGAGCUCGGGCAUAUCUCGACCAUGCCCUGCAAUGCUGGGAUGUGAGUUCCACCGUGCAGGUGGGUUUCGAGAUCCUUGUGCCCAGUUUGCUGCGCUUAUUGCACGAUGAAGGGCUGCAUUUCGAUUUUCCCGGCCGCGAAGCCCUCAUGGUGCUGCAUCGGCGCAAAAUGGACAAGAUUCAACCUGCGUUAGACCUCCCCUGCCCACCGCAAACCACGCUGCUGCAUUCUCUUGAGGGCUUCAUUGGAAGCGUGGAGUUGGGCAAGAUGGCGCCCUGUCUAACCAAUGGCUCAAUGAUGGGGUCACCCUCCUCGACCGCCGCCUAUCUAAUCCAUAGCCCCAACUGGGAUGAAGAAGCAGAGAACUAUCUCCGCCAUGUCGUGGCGCACAACAAUGGACGUGUGCCUUCUGCCUUUCCCAUUAGUGUCUUUGAGAUUUCGUGGGUUCUAUCAACCCUGCUGAGCUCGGGAUUUGAACCAGAUGUCUUGGGUUUCCAGAACGUUUCUAGUCUGGCAAAUUACCUUGAGACUCGUCUCGCAGAAAAAAAUGGGAUCACCGGCUUUGCUCCCGGAAUGCUUGCCGAUGCAGAUGACACGGCGAAGAGCAUAUAUUCGCUCGAUCUUCUGGGCCGACCCAUUGAUUGUACACCCCUGCUUCAGGCGUUUGAAUGUCCCACCCACUUCAAGACGUACAGUCUUGAGAUCAAUGAGUCUUUCAGUGUUAACUGCAAUGUGAUGAUUGCGCUGCUCGCAUGCCAGGUGCCUUCAAAGCACCUAGCGCAGAUUUCCAAGGCCCUGCGGUUUCUCUGCAGCGCUUGGGAUAAUGGCGAAUGGAGUGAUAAAUGGAAUACUGAGUCCCAAUACACCAUGAUGCUUAUGGCCGAUGCUUUGUCAAGUCUGAUAGAGCGCUGGCAUGACGGCGCUCUAGGAGAUAUGGAUGCAGACUACCUGGCCGAGCACGUUCCACGGGUGACCCUGCAGAUCCUCAUGCGAACGCUCAGUGCGCAGUCAGAUGAGUCUGGUUCAUGGAAGCAAUCAUCAGAGAUCACCGCCUACGGGCUCUUGACUCUCAAUCUCUGGCCAGCUUGCCCCGCACUGCAGCGGACGGUGCCAGAUUCGACCCGUUGGGGCAAGCCGACCACAGGCCUAUGCCAAGUCCCACGGGAAAGAAUCCACCGAUUCUGCCAAUUCUUUGCUCGAUUACCCAUUUUCGAAGGCGAGCCGACAUGGAGAUUGCGAGCUUCUAUUGUCGAAGGGGAUCUGCUCUUCCCGGCGUUGCGGCGGACGGCACUCGAGCUGGCCAUCUUCCCCUUCCCCACUGUGAAUCAAACUGCCAAAUACCUGGAUUAUAUUCCUCUGACGUGGACAACCUCCAAUAAUGCAGCUGGAAAGUUUGGUCUCUCCACCGCCAGGAUGAUAGAAAUGAUGGUUCUUUCUCUGCUCAAUUUCCAGGUGGACAAGUGGUUUGAGGAAACCACGGAGGCAUCGCGCCUCCAAGGCGAUUGGACAGCGCUCAGGUCCGUGAUCAGGGAGAUUUUCACCGAGAAAAAAGAGGAAGAGAAAGAUCAUGUGAAGAAACGCAAGAGGGAACAAGUGUCGCCGCCACCGCCGCAGAAACCAAACCGUCACCCUCGUCACAAGCGCCGGCAAGUGAAAAGUUUCACCGGUUAUAGCACUUCUUCAAUUGCCUUACAGUCCAAUGGCCAUAAGGGGGUCACCAUGGAUGGGGAUCAGGAUAAGAUAGUCACUUUCCUAGCCGAAGUCAAGCGUACGCUCACCCGGUUCGUCCAGGGCGUGCUUCAAAGCCCUGCCGUCUCGUCGGUACCACCCGCACUGGGUCGUCGGGUCCGGCAGGAGCUCUGCACAUUUCUCCUCGCACAUGUCAAGCAGGGGGAGGAUAGCGGUCCGCAGGCGACUAGGAGAACGGCAAUGACCCAGACAUAUCAUGAGUGGGUUCGCACCACAUCAGCGGACCACACCAGCUGCCCUUACUCCUUCGAGUUCUUCCGCUGUCUCGUCGCUUCUGAUACAGGCAAGGAUUGCUUCACGGGUCCUCUUGCCCAGUACCUCUCCCAGGAUGUCUGCCGUCAUCUGGCCACCAUGUGCCGUCAGUAUAAUGAUUAUGGCUCAAUGGGUCGAGACCGCGAGGAGCAUAACCUCAAUAGCAUUGACUUUCUGAUGGUUGGGAAGGAGGAUGACGAGAAGAAAAAACACGCAAAUACAUAUACGGACAAGCGCUUGUUAUUGCUGGAGAUUGCCCAGUAUGAGCGCGAAUGCCUGGAACUGGCAGUGAAGCGGCUGCAGCCCGAGGUCUCCAAAGCCGCAUGGAAUGCAUGGAAAGUUUUUCUUACCGUGACGGAUCUCUAUGGUCAGAUUUAUGUAGCACGAGAUAUCAAUCACAAAUGA